GUUGGGAUUACAUAGAGAGAGAGAGAGAGAGACGGCGUGCCGGGGAUUCGAUGUGGAGGAAACCCUAAUGUCCUAUUAUGAUAAAUUUAGUGAAGCAGUGGCCGCGGAGAGCAGGAUUGUUUACUUGCGGCGCUUGUUUCUUUAUGUUAAUAAAGAACUAAGAUUAUUGGUAGUUGUGAUUACAGAGUCUGAUCUGGAGUAAGUGGGGAUGAUCGAUUCUUCUGGUUGCUUCGGCUGCUGGGCAUCGACUUAUGGCAGGAAGAUUUGAUUAUUAUCCCUUAUGUUCUUCGCACUUUCCGUGUCUAAUUUUUAUAGCGUUCCUUUUGGUAUUGGAUAUUCGAUUCAUUCUGUUGUUUGGAGAUCGAAAAAUGUGCUAGGACGUGGUUAUAAGGAAGCGCUUUUGGAGGACGGAGGACUCUUUUGAUAUGAUCUGGAAAAGGCAUGCUGGAAAUCAUAAUUUUCGUUAUUUCUGCUCUUUAUUGGUUUUCCUGGCAAUGCCAAUGUAUUUGAGGAGAAAGGUGAAACUGUAGACGAUUUGCUUGGCACGAAUAGAUUUGACAACACUUGUUUUUGCCUUGACGGCCCAAGCUAGCUCUUUGAACUGCUCCUUUUUUGCCGGUGCUUGCAUUCUGGAAAAACAAUGGUUCCCUCUGGACCACCAACCGGAGCUAGCGGUGCCCAGUCUGUUGUUUCCUCCCUUUUGCGGGCAAAUUCUGGCUCGCUAGGAAGUGUUCAGCCAGGCUCCAUUUCUCCUCAGCAGACUUUCUCUUCCUUGAUUUCCCCUCGGGCACAACUGAAUGGCGGUGCCAAUGGUACCAAUAUGACUUUUCUAGGCGGCAUCACAAAUGCCUCAUCUCUCCUCAACCAUUCUUUUGGAAAUGCAUUUCCUGCUUCUGGAGGUGUGAUUUCAACCCCGCAGAUGAAUUCUCAGCAGCGGGGGGGUAUGGGCGGCAACUCUCUUGAUAUGCUUGGUUCUACAGAGUCCGAUCCUAUCUCCUUUCCUUCACCAUCUGGUUCACUACAUGGACAGCAUUUGCAAAAUCCUUCUGGGAAGCAGACGAUUGCUGAUCAUUCUCAUUCUCAAACUCAACAACUUGAUGCAAUGCAGAAUUUCCAGCAGCAGGUCUCAGUUCCUCACAACCAACAGCGGCAGCAACAUAGAGGAGGGCUUGGAAAUGUUGGUGGCGUGGAUCCAGUUAAAUUGGAAGAGCAAACGGGUUCAAGUGAUCAGAGCUUCCCUGGACAACAGUUGCCUUCCAUACGAGGUAUUGGUUCUGUGAAAAUGGAACCUUUGCAGCUGCAGUCUGUGAGAAGUUUAGGCCCAGCUAAGAUGGAGCAUCAACAAACAGAUUCUUCAUUGUUCCUGCAACAACAUCAGCAGCAAAAUGCUCAGCAGCAGUUGUUGCAAAUGUCAAGGUCUGCUCCACAUGCUUCUGCUGCUGCACAGAUGAGUUUCUUGCAACAGCAGAGGAUGUUGCUAAUACAACAACAGAAACAACAACAACAUCAGCUUUUUAAGACGCUUCCACAACGAAUCCAACUACAACAACAGCUUCAGCAUGGUGUUCCAAUUAGACCACAAAUGAAACAAACCAUAUAUGAGCCCGGAAUGUGUGCAAGACGGUUGACCCAAUACAUGUAUAGCCAGCAGCACAGACCAGAAGAUAAUAACAUUGAUUUUUGGAGGAAGUUCGUUGCUGAAUUCUUUGCUUCCAAUGCUAAGAAGAGAUGGUGUGUUUCCCUGUAUGGAAGUGGUCGGCAGACUAUUGGAGUUUUUCCACAGGAUGUGUGGCAUUGUGAAAUUUGCAGGCGGAAGCCUGGACGUGGUUUUGAAGCAACUGUUGAGGUUUUACCAAGGCUAUUACAAAUUAAAUAUGCCAGUGGCACUUUGGAGGAGCUUCUUUAUGUUGAUAUGCCUCGAGAGUCUCACACUACAUCAGGCCAGAUUCUACUGGACUAUGCUAAAGCAGUUCAAGAGAGCGUAUUUGAACAAUUGCGUGUUGUGCGUGAAGGACAAUUAAGAAUUGUUUUCAAUCCGGAUCUGAAGAUAUCUUCGUGGGAGUUUUGUGCCAGAAGGCACGAGGAACUAAUCCCUCGAAGAUUGAUAAUGCAUCAGGUCAGUCAACUCGGGGCUGUUGUUCAGAAGCAUCAAACUGCUUCCCAAAAUGCAUCUAGUCUUUCUAUCCAAGAUCUUCAGACUACUUGUAAUUCCUUUGUUUCUUCUGCUCGCCAGUUAGCUAAAGCUUUGGAGGUGCCACUGGUUAAUGAUUUGGGAUAUACAAAAAGAUAUGUACGUUGCCUGCAGAUAUCUGAAGUUGUUCAUAGCAUGAAGGAUCUGAUUGACUACAGCAGGGAAACCGGGACUGGACCGAUGGACAGCUUGAUGAAGUUUCCUAAAAGAAGUUCCAUAUCACCUGGCUUACAUUCUCAACAAACUCUGCAACAAGAUACUCAACAAAAUGUGAUGCAGAACUCAAGUCAGAACACUCAGAGUUCACAUGGAACUGGACUUAUAAACAAUUCUCAUAAUGCUCCAUCAUUGGCCUCAACAUCUGGAACUCCUAUGGUAGGCCUUCUCCAUCAGAAUUCAAUGAAAAUGAUGCAAGAACACCAGAUGAAUAGCCUGAACGGUGUAUUUGCCAGUGACCAGAUCCCAUCAGCCAGCUCUUCUAACUCAAUUCCACCGUCCCAACCCAAUUCAUCAUCUCCAUUCUCCCUAACUCCUACUUCAAAUAACAGUAUAGCUCCAUCACCCCACAUCUCUCGCAUGAAUUGUGUCCCUACUGACUCGCACAGUUCUUCUGUACAGCAAAUAUUGCAAGAAAUGAUGUCUUCUCAGCUAAAUAGUGUUAGCGCAAUGACUGGUUCUGCACCGGCCAGUCUGAAUGGUGGCAAUUGCUUAGUUGGGAACGAAAGAGCCAACACUCUAACUAACAAUAUUGGUGUCGUUGGUGGCAUGAGUGGGUUAAGAGCAGCCAUGACAAAUAAUGCUAUGAACAUAAACGGCAGGGUUGGAAUAAAUCACAUUUCUCGGGAUCCAUCAGUAAUUAGUCAGUACCAGCAACAAGAUAUGGGAAACAGAUUGGUGCGUGGACUCGGGUCAGUUAGCAGCUUUGAUAAUCUGCAGUUUGAUUGGAAGUCCUCUCCAUGACUGGUUAAUUGCUACAUUUGUAUAUUCGUUCUUCAAUUAAGGCUUCGUUUGGGACGGUUUUAAGCUGCUUUAUGAAGCAGUAAGAAAGCAGUCCCAAACGAUGCCUAAGUUAUUGAGAAGCAGCUUCUUUCAGCUUUGUCUCGCCCAUCCAAUCAUCAGGAAGGAAUGAUACAGCACUGCUUCUAUGCCUCAGGGUUUUCUAUAUUCCUUUAACUUCUAACUUAACAGUGGCAGAGCAAAAUGAGUUGAGUGAAAUACGAGGUCCUUUUACUCAUUUUUUCUACUUUCUAGUACGAUAAGAGAGGAAUGGAAGAGAGGAGGGCUGCUUCACAUGUCGGCCAAUUGUCUUAUUUCAACAGCAUCACGACACAAGCUAAGGGCAUAUUGACCUUAUUACAGAGACGUCACACUCAAAGUUAAUGUAAGCUUCUCUAAACCUACAGGGUUUUGUAAACCAUCGUUCCACUACUAGUUCUUGCUGUAAUUUAUGUGUAGCCAAAAGCGUGAAGAGGAUUAUGGUUUAUAUAUUUGAAGAGGUGCUUUGAGUGUGAUUAUGGUGCUUCACUUUGCUUGAAAAGCUUCAACGUUUACUGUACUUGUUUGCAUAUAUAUAUAUACUUAGUCGAGAAGUGCAAAUGUAACAUUUUUAUAGCAAUGAACUGUCGGAAUUUACUUACUGAACAUACUUUAACAUAA